GAUGCUAUUUAUUUUUCUUAGGAGCAGCAGCAAUAGUAGACGUCUUUUCUGUCAUACUUUGUUUUAUCACAUUGUGGAGGUGGGGCUGUGGGUUAUCCUGGAGCGGUCCACGGUUUGACUUGUUUAUACACUUCACUGAGCUGCCGUGCGGCUGAGAGCGCGUGCUCGCCCUGCCUCAUUUCCUGUAGCUAGGACUACAGAAAGAGAGAGAGAAAGAGAGAGAGAGAGAUGUGCUCUUGAUACCGAAACGCGGAAAAGCAGGGGCGGGAGAGUUUGAGGAAGAAAAAAGGCACAGGCGGAGAGAACAGGGGAAUUGUACACUGACAGAACCGUUAGGAAACUAGAAGAAACAGUCACUCAGUGAACCAAUGAACAACCGUAAAGAAGACAUGGAAAUUGCAUCACACUAUCGGCAGCUUCUGCGUGAGCUUAAUGAGCAACGGCAGCAUGGCAUCUUGUGCGAUGCAUGUGUAGUUGUGGAAGGUAAGAUCUUCAAGGCACAUAAGAAUGUACUGCUAGGUAGUAGCCGCUACUUCAAGACACUCUACUGCCAGGUCAAGAAGGGAACAGAGCAACAGGCUACCAUCACACACCUUGACAUUGUGACAGCACAGGGAUUCAAAACUAUUCUGGACUUUAUGUAUUCUGCACACCUGGCACUCACCAGUAAGAAUGUUAUUGAGGUGAUGUCUGCUGCCAGCUACCUGCAGAUGACAGAGAUUGUACAAGCAUGUCAUGGUUUCAUCAGGGCAGCACUAGACAUUAGCAUUCGUUCUGAGCUGGCUGACAUGGAGCUGGCCAAUAUUGAGAUCAGUGGCAUGGUUGGCAUGGGAACGGGUUCCUCUGGAGGAGCCUCUGAAGCAUUGGUUUCUAUGAUCUCAGCUCGCAGCUCCUCCCCAUGGCUGGUACGACGUACCAGCCCUGCCAACUCAUCAGGAGACUCAGCAAUUGCCAGCUGCCAUGAAAGUAGCAGCACCUAUAGCAAGGAUGAGCAUGAGCCUAAGAGCCAUGAGGACUCAUGGCCAAAUGACUAUCGCUCACAUCAAGUCAAAGAGGAGCAGGGAUCACCAUCCAAUGCUCAGCAUAGGACCAGCCAGGAGUCACAUGGAACACCCUCAGAGCAGAGUAAUGGAGGUGAAGGCUGGCAAACACAAACACCUGGUUCAAGACGUAGGAAGAACCGAAAAAACAAGGACACAGUCAGGCACAUCAUGCAACAGAAUGAAGGCAGUAGUAGUGGAGGUUCUCCAAUGCCUUCGAUGAUUUCCACGGCCAGCUGGAGCUACAACACACAGGCUGACAUUCCAGGAGCAGACGAGGCUGAGCCCAGUUCAGAUACCCGAGACCAACGAAUUGACUUUUUCAUGAAGCAGGAGGAAUCUGGUGAGCCGGGCUUCCAUGGGUCCUCAUUGGCCAAUGACAGGGCAGAGGUGGUUGGAGGAAGUCAGGAGCAAGGUGGUUCUGUGGCCAACUUGCGGGCAGCACUAAUGAGCAAGAACAGCCUGCUGUCGCUUGGGACAGAGAUGUUUAGUGAAGAAAAUACCCUGCUGUUUGAUUACUUGCCCAAAGGAGGACACUCUCUCUCCCUAAAUGACUUCACGGUGAUCAGGAAGAAAUUCAAGUGUCCAUAUUGCAGCUUCUCAGCUAUGCACCAGUGCAUCCUCAAGAGGCACAUGCGCUCUCACACAGGCGAGAGGCCCUACCCCUGUGAAAUCUGUGGCAAGAAGUUCACCCGACGCGAGCACAUGAAAAGGCAUACACUGGUGCACAGUAAGGAUAAGAAGUAUGUAUGUAAAGUGUGUAGUCGGGUCUUCAUGUCAGCCGCUAGUGUUGGCAUAAAACAUGGCUCCCGUCGCCAUGGUGUUUGUACAGAGUGCUCAGGUCGUGGUAUGGCUGCCCUGCUGGAUCAAAAUGGUGAGGAGGAAGACCUCUACCAUGGUAAUCAUCGUUUCCCUGAUGAUGGUGAAGAAGAGAUAAUCCCGGAGGUGGAGCUGAUGGUGGAAGCAGGUGAGGAUGGAGAAGGCACAAAAUGGCCAGGUGACUCAGGUAUUGCCCAGCAUAAUGAAGGUGUCACAGAUGAUGCCAAAGAGGAAAGUGAUUCAGUGCAAGACGAUGAGACCAGGGCAGGCAGUGAUAAAGAAUUUGCAUGGAUUUCCUAGUUAGGAGGAGUCUGGAUUCUGGUCUAUCUCGAUGCACCUUCUGAUAGGUGUGUGCCAUUCUAAAAUGCCAGAGUCAGUUUUCUGUGCGUAAAGGGAGAAACAUGCGCACACAACAAUCCAAAUGAUGAAGAUUUGGCAGCCAAACAAGAGAAGGGAAUCUUCUCUUCAUGCUGCAUGUGCGUUUCGGCCAGUGUCUGCUUCAUCUUCCUCCUUCUUUCAUCCUAAGGACGAGGUUGGGAUGUUGGUGUUUUAUAUAAUUUAUUUCUGACCAGAGUGAUUAAAAGUAUCUGAAUGUUAAUGGUAAUCAAUCAAACUGUGUUGAUGGUUUAGAGAAGGAGCAUAUGACUGGCACAAUCUCUAUAUGCAGUCACCACUGGCUGCUGUUUUAACUAUUCCAAAUCUGGGCAUGUCAAAUGACUUUCAGCAGUUUUAGCACAUUGUUUUCUGCAAACAGAGUUGCACUUUAAAUAUUGACUGUCUUGUCAAUUCUUUGUUUUAGUGGUUUACAUUUUUAUUCCAAUUUACAAAUAUGGUGACCGCUCCUACCUUUAAAUAUACAGUUCCUGAAGACUGUUAUAUUUGUGCAGAGUUUGCUGAUUGUAAUACUUUUUUUUAUGCUUUUUUCUUACUUUGCAUAUUGUGUUUUCUUAAGUCAUGUGCACAUAAAAACAAUAUUGCAUAUAUUUGAUGCUUUUGCUUUUAUAAAAGGCAAUGGAUAUAAAAGUGAACACUAUGCAGAAAUGAAUUUGUCAGUUGUAGUUCUAGUUUCUUCUUCAAGGAAGUCCUUCAUGGAAGUGAGAGAGAUGGGGGUUAUUGUUGAUAUUUAAAUUAAUUGUAAUUUUACAUUUAAUCUUUAAUAUUUCCAUAUAACGCAUUUCAUGUUUCUUAGUCAGGGGAAAGGCUUGAUUUAUUAAAAGAAUAUCCUGUGAGAGAUGAUUGUGUGUCUCUGUUAAGGUCUGAAUGUAUAUGCACAUAUGAGCUAUAUAGGAUCCCAAGGUUGAGGCAGUGUUGAAUAUUUGAAGUCAAUAAAGUAGUCAUCAGUUUUUACAGUUAUUGAUCAUAUUUAAUGUUUCUUUGUCACUUACUAGUUUAUUGUAUUCUACUUUUUUCAUUCUUGUACUGAAUUCCACCUUCUGCCUCUGGAAUCUUGAAACCUUGCAGUUUAACAGGGAGAGUCAUGCCUUCCUGGGAGAUAUUUAUGUUACAUCUGGAGUGAAAAUUGUAUACAUCACAACAGAUGAUCCUCUGUGAUAUUUAUUUUUACUCUCCUUCUCUUUUUUCUAUUCCUCUUUAUGACAUUUGUUUCCUUCUAUUAUUAAUGUCUAGUUUGUUAAAAAUAACAAACUGUGUAAAAGGUUUGUGUUGGAAUUACCUUAAAUCUGGUGCAUGCUUUAAAAAACAUUUUGUCAGUUUAUUUUGUUUAAUAGGUUAUUUAUUAUCCUGUUGAUUACUCAUCUAUUUUACCCUUCUGUUUGACUAUACCUUCAAGAGCACAAACAGAAGUGUAUUUUUAUGUAUGACAGAAAUUUGUGAAUAUCUCUUUUCAGUGUUGUGUGUUCCUGCAUUGAGUACCUAUUAUUAUUAUUAUUAUUAUUAUUAUUAUUAUUAUUAUUAUUAUUAUUAUUGUUGUUGUUGUUGUCCUUGUUGUUGUUGUUGUCAUUAAGUGCUGGAUGCUAAGGUUUAUUGUGAAUUUUAUUUAGCUAUUUUUUUCCUUUUGGACCAGAGCAUAAACUCAGAAUUGCCUUGUUUGUGGGCAGUCAAUUGUGUGGCUUUUAAUGAUGAAUGCCAGUUGCAUUUCUACUUAAUAUUUUAAAUGAUGUUUUGUUUUCAUUAGAACAUAAACCAACAGAUUGGCUAACUCUUGGUUAGCUUUAGUCAGAGAGAGAAAGAGAGAGACAUGCACUGCACAUGUUUCUUUAUUACUGAAAUACACUAAAGUAAUGAACAUUAUACCAAAAACUAUCUAGUAUACUUUGUAUACAUUUCAUAAAGUGCUUUUAUUUUAAUGGUGUGCAGGUGUGACGCUUUGAAUAGUGAUUUUCUUUAUUAAUCUUUUUUCACUAACUCUAGAAUGCACAGAUAUUUGGUGUCAUUGUAUAAAAUGAAAGGUGUUUUAAGAUUUCUUAAGAUGAAGUUAGCUUUAAAAAUGUUGCCCUUAGAGACCUUGAGUCAUAUUUGUUUCUGUAUGUUUUCACCUUGGAUGUAGAGGUCAAAGACCUGGCACUUACUUGGAGAUUACAGAAAAUUACACUUAAGUGAGAAUAUGUAUACAUGAAUUUGUGGACCUUCAAUCAAAUCAGCCAAAGUGUGUUACAUCUAUUGCCUUUAAAGAUAUUUUGCAUGGUCUUCUCAAUUUAUUUCGAUUCCCAACUUUUAAAUUAAAUCUAAAAUCAUUUUAUAUUAAUAGACAGAAAUUAAAGGAAUCAUUUGGAUCUGGAUUUUUAUCAGGAUGCUUCCGAAAUGUGCCUAAAUGUGUGCAUGUGUGUGUGUAUAUGUGUGUGUGUGUGUGUGUGUGUGUGUGUGUGUGUAUAUAUAUAUAUAUAUAUAUAUACAUAUAUAUAUAUAUAUAUAUAUAUAUAUAUAUAUAUAUAUAUAUAUAUAUAUAUACCUGUGCGUGUGUGUGUGUGUGUAUCCUUACACAUUAAAGUAUGGUAAGAUGCUUUGUAUGAACUCAACCUACAACCUAUAACUUCUAUUUUAUGCUGUGUGAGCCAUAUUUUCUAAUGUGUACCAUAAAGAAGGAAUAGUUGUUUAGAAAUCAAAAUUGUAUAAUGUGGUGUUGUGUAUGCUUCUGAUAUAUUGCUUUGGCUUUUCUGAUCAUGACUGUUCACCUGGUUUUGAUAAGUUUAAUGUGGGACAUAAAUAUCAGUCCUUAUGAAAAACUGCAAUCUGUUUGGGUACAUGAAUAAAUUAAAAAAAAAAUGAAGCCAUGAGUAAAAUUUAGAUUCAAGUUAAGGUUCAUAUUGUUCUUGUUUCUCUUCCACACACAUGCACAAACAUUUUGUUUGCCUGACUGAAACACCACGUACAUAAUACAUAAAAGGACUAAUUUAGAAAUGUUUAAAUAUUUCUG